AUGCUAACGGAGACCUGUAGAUUUCUCACAAAAGUGGGGGCCAGUGACAAAAAGGCAGAGAGCAGAUCUGAAGGACACUGGAGGAAAGAGCAAGAUAACAUUAUUCAGAUCAGAAAAGUCACACUACACCGGCACGUCAGAGGUCACACUACACCGGCACGUCAGAGGUCACACUACACCGGCACGUCAGAGGUCACACACUACACCGGCACAUCAGAGGUCACACUACACCGGCACGUCAGAGGUCACACUACACCGGCACGUCAGAGGUCACACUACACCGGCACGUCAGAGGUCACACACUACACCGGCACAUCAGAGGUCACACUACACCGGCACGUCAGAGGUCACACUACACCGGCACGUCAGAGGUCACACUACACCGGCACGUCAGAGGUCACACUACACCGGCACGUCAGAGGUCACACUACACCGGCACGUCAGAGGUCACACUACACCGGCACGUCAGAGGUCACACUACAGCGGCACGUCAGAGGUCACACUGACCGGCACGUCAGAGGUCACACUACACCGGCACGUCAGAGGUCACACUACAGCGGCACGUCAGAGGUCACACUGACCGGCACGUCAGAGGUCACACUACACCGGCACGUCAGAGGUCACACUACACCGGCACGUCAGAGGUCACACUACACCGGCACGUCAGAGGUCACACUACACCGGCACGUCAGAGGUCACACUACACCGGCACGUCAGAGGUCACACUACACCGGCACGUCAGAGGUCACACUACAGCGGCACGUCAGAGGUCACACUACAGCGGCACGUCAGAGGUCACACUACACCGGCACGUCAGAGGUCACACUACACCGGCACGUCAGAGGUCACACUGACCGGCACGUCAGAGGUCAACUCAGAGGUCACACUACACCGGCACGUCAGAGGUCACACUACACCGGCACGUCAGAGGUCACACUACACCGGCACGUCAGAGGUCACACUACACCGGCACGUCAGAGGUCACACUACAGCGGCACGUCAGAGGUCACACUACAGCGGCACGUCAGAGGUCACACUGACCGGCACGUCAGAGGUCACACUACACCGGCACGUCAGAGGUCACACUACACCGGCACGUCAGAGGUCACACUAAAGCGGCACGUCAGAGGUCACACUGACCGGCACGUCAGAGGUCACACUACACCGGCACGUCAGAGGUCACACUACACCGGCACGUCAGAGGUCACACUACACCGGCACGUCAGAGGUCACACUACACCGGCACGUCAGAGGUCACACUACACCGGCACGUCAGAGGUCACACUACACCGGCACGUCAGAGGUCACACUACACCGGCACGUCAGAGGUCACACUACAGCGGCACGUCAGAGGUCACACUGACCGGCACGUCAGAGGUCACACUACACCGGCACGUCAGAGAGGUCACACUACACCGGCACGUCAGAGGUCACACUACACCGGCACGUCAGAGGUCACACUACACCGGCACGUCAGAGGUCACACUGACCGGCACGUCAGAGGUCACACUACACCGGCACGUCAGAGAGGUCGCACUGACCGGCACGUCAGAGGUCGCACUGACCGGCACGUCAGAGGUCACACUGACCGGCACGUCAGAGGUCGCACUACACCGGCACGUCAGAGGUCGCACUGACCGGCACGUCAGAGGUCACACUGACCGGCACGUCAGAGGUCACACUGACCGGCACGUCAGAGGUCGCACUACACCGGCACGUCAGAGGUUGCACUGA